UCGGACUGUAUAUAACACAGGAAGUUUAAAACCAAGCUGACUUGUUUAAAAAAAAAAAAAAAACUAGGAAAUGGCUUACUCUGCGUUUACUCUGUUGCGAUGAUGAUGAUUAUCUGGAACUUGAGGGAUAUGUAGGAAUUGUUUGCUGAAAACCAGGAAUUUACGUUUGAUUUAAGGUCUGUUGAAAAUAAUGUCCAGCAGAAAGUCCAAAAAAAGAAUUGGGUCAACGCGACAGCGCCACCAAGGGUAUAAGGCAGAAGAGAGGGGAGCUAAUGAAGAACUUCAAGAGGUCUCCACUGCCCAACACCUGCAACUAUCAAACUCAUCUGAAAUGCCCACAUGCCAGCUUGAUUUUGUGCCUGAGAACAUAGAGGGUAGCCAACAUGAUCCAGGCAAAACAAACUCAGAAAACUUUGAAACUGGAGCACUGGCUGACAUUUCUGAGGCAGAAACAAGUACUUCUGGGAAGAAAAGGAGAAUGGGUUCUACUCGAAGAGCCAAGCAAGGAUUGCAAGCUGAAGAGAGAAAAGAGCAGGAGGAGGUUAAGAGCAUGCAGAUAGUACAGGAAGAAUUUAAUGUCACAGAAACAGAGGAUCAGUAUUUUAAAGAAUAUUCAGAUGCAGGCCAGGCUCAGACACAGAUGCCGGAAUUAGGUGGCAGUGAAGUUAAGGAUCUGGGAACUGGGGAUGAGUCUCCAAAUGAACGACAUAAGCUGUUGUCAGAGCUGGAACUCAAAACAGAGACAGAGGCCUGCAGUACAGAAAUCCCCUCUCCUCCAGUGUCCUUUAUUCAAAGUCCCACACCAGUAGCAAAUCCACCUGUGUGUGUCACAGGCACCCAUCCAGAAGAGGGGGAAACUUCACACAAACAAGAUGAACAAUCAUGCUUCAAUAUGUUUGAGGUCAAGGAGAUCUGUUCUGAUGACAGGCCACUUCAAAAUACACCUCGAGGACUUUCUGAUCAGCAGAGAGAUGAAAGUGCUGAAGAUGUAGGUAAAAGUGAAGAACAAAGGGGGGCAAAAGAGGUCCAUUUGGAGGGUAGUUUAAACCAAGAAAUAAUAAUGGAAAUUGAGAAAGUAGAUGGUAAGCCUGUCAGUGAAAUGGAGGUGGAAUGGGCUGGCAUCCAAGAUUUUUCAUUACAAAUGCAACAUAUGACACAGAAAAGUGCAUUUUCAUCAACAAUGGAAAACAUUUCAACGGUUAAAGAAAAUUCACAGAUCUUCCAUCCUAGCGAUGCCAAUAUUGAUGGCACAGUAAUGGAAGGUUACAACAAGUUUGGAAAUCAAAACAUCACAGAAAGUGAACAAACCAGCUCUAUUAAUGUUUCACAAGAAGAGGAUAAAAACUCAGAACAUAAUGUUCAAAAGCUUAAGAAAAGAAUGGGGUCAACCCGUAGACCACUCAAAGCAAUCAAACUGAAAGAGGACAUUGGAAACAGCCAGGUGGGAACACAGGAUAACACAUUGCAAGAGGAAAUGUCUGUCAAAGAGGACACGCAGUUCAGAGAAAUGGCUGUAUUUAAUGAUAAGUUAGAGAUGGUCUUUACUGUCAAUGUGAGAGGGGGAGAGUUAGAAGGAACAGGUGAUGAGUUUGAGGAACAUACUGCCAUGGCUACAGACGCAUUCCCCUCAACAGAGAAUAUAACAGAUGGCAUUGGGACAAGCACCAGAAGUAGUCAUCUCAUCAUGGAAGGGGAAGGUGCAGAAAUACUACAUCCAGGAGUAUUAGGGGAACAAAUAAGUGAACAUCUGUCAUACCAUGCACUAGAUGAAGAGACACUGCAGAUAGUGGACCAAAGGCAAUUCACUGAGAAUACAAAUCUUACCCCAGAAUUCACUACCCAAUAUGUUGACCAGCUCCAGCAGCAUGGUGAGAUAAAUUCAGAAAACAGUCUAGAGACACCUGAACACCAAGAAAGGCAAUCCAGUACAAGCAUGGAAGUAUCAGAACAGACAGAAGUUGAGAAUAAGUUAUCAUUCCAGUGCAUUCCAGAUGAUUCCAGUCCAGAUUCUGCAGGGAUCACAAUAGAGGACAUAGACGUCACUGAGAAAACUGAGUCUUUUUCUUCUCAGAUAGGUUUUGAGACUGUCAGUGAGGCUUCUGGUCAUUCAGAACAAGAACAUCAGUUGUCAUCUCCUACACCACAUAACAUUCCAGAGAACACAGUUGCCCAACUGAAUGUUCAUGCAGAGAGCUUUAGCUCUGAGAUGUGCAGCCCUGAUGUCCAACACAGCGAGGAAGCAGAACAAGGAACACAGGUUCACAUUCUUAGUUCAACCAUGGAUUCAGAAGUACCAAAUAUCAGCACAGAUGUUCCUGACUUUUAUCAUUCACUUAAUGUGGAAAGCACAGACCCAUCGGAAACAAGCACAUUGUCUGACCACUCUCAGUCCUCCCUCAAACUUCAACAUCAAGAGGAAGAGGAGAGUGUGCAACAGGAUGCCUCGUGGCAGAAGAGGAGAAUGGGGUCAACCCGUAGGCCAAAAAGAGAACAGAAAAAGGAAGCGACAUGUGGAGCCAUGAGUACAGAUGACGUCAAUGAGGACAUGAACAUGAAUGCAGAUACGGAGAUCACAGUUGCCCCACUGAAUGUUCAUGCAGAGAGUUCUAGCACUGAGAUGCUCAGCCCCAAUGUCCAACACUGUGAGGAAGCAGAACAAGGAACACAGGCUCACAUUCUCAGCUCCACAAUGGAAUCAGAAGUGCCAAAUAUCAGCACAGAUAUUCCUGACUUUUCUCAUGCACUUAAUGUGGAAAGCACAGACCCAUCAGAAACAAGCACAUUGUCUAGCCACUCGGAAUCCUCCUUCAAACUUCAACAUCAAGAGGAAGAGGGAAGUGUACAGGGUGCCUCAAGGCAGAAGAGGAGGAUGGGGUCAACCCGCAGGACAAAGAGAGAACAGAAAAGGGAAGAGCCAAGUGGAGCCAUGAGUGCAGAUGAUGUCAAAGAGGACAUGAACGCAGAUACGAUCAUGAGGUCAGAGGCAGAAGAAGGAAUUAUAGGAGAAAGCAUAAUCGGUGUCUCAAAGGAAAAUGAGUUUGUCAUUAAUCAGACAGAUGCUGGAACUCUCAGUAUGGCUUUAACCUCUGUUGAACAGAAUCAGUAUGUUGAUAGUAGCCUAUCAGUUGAAACUGUUUCAUCUUCUUUCCAACUGUGCAACCCAGAGGAGGGUGGGCAAAAACAAGAAUAUAGACAUCAAUACCCUGAUAUAAUUGCAGAGCAACUAGAUGGUAAUGACCUAGAAGAUAACAACGAGAUGUCCAUUUUGGGAAAGGAAACAGCAGAGGUCCGUACAACAGUGGGAGCAGACCUGUCCAAUGAAGCAUUUAUGAAAGAAGAUGUUGACCAACUCAAGAAGCAUGAGGAAGAAAAGUCAGAAAGCUUUCUUGAGGCCCCUGGUGACCAGAACAAGGAAAACAUAAAUACAAAGGUAUCAGAACAGACAGAAGCUGAGAAUAUUUUAUCAUCUCCUACUGAAGAUCCCAGCCUAGACUGUGCAGGCACGACUGUUGAGGACAUGGAUACCACUGAGAAGGCUACCUCUUUCUCCUGUCAGAUAGCCAUUGAGACUCUCACCUGUCUUGGAUCUCCCCCAUCUCCUUCAUCAGAUCACAUUCCAGAGAUAGAUACCUCACUGAAUGUUCAUAAAGAGAGUUUUAGCCCUGAGAUGCACAGCCCUGAUGUCCAACACAGUGAGGAAGUAGAACAAGGAACAAAUGCUCACAUAGAUGGUAAUUACCUAGAAGAUAACAAUGAGAUGUCCAUUAUGGAAAAGGAAACAGAGGCCAUCACAACAGUGGGAGCAGACCAAUUCAGUGAAGCAUUUAUGAGAGAAGAUGUUGAACAACUGAAAAAGCAUGAGGAAGAGCAGUCAGAAAAGAGUCAGGAAUCCCUAGCUGACCUGAAGAAGGAAAACAGAAUAAGCACAGAGCUAUCAGAACAAGCAGAAGUUGAGAGUAAGCUAUCAUAUAUUACCGAAGAUCUCAGUCCAGACACUAUAGUAGAGGGCAUGGUUACCACGGAAUCUCCAUCUGAAUCUCACACAUGUAUGGAGAGCUCCAUCAUGGAAGAAUUAAGAGCAGAGUCUGAUCACUGGGAAUCCACCGUCAGACUUCAGCCUCAUGAAAAGGAGGGGAAUUUAAAUCAGGAUGUGUCGAGGAACAAGAGAAAGAUGGGGUCAACUCGUAGACAGAAAAGGAAAAGUAAUGAAGUACAUUUGGAUGGAACAAGAUCUUCACAUGAAACUGAGGUGAUGACUGGGAUGGUCACUGAAACUGAUAUUGAGGUGCAGCAGGAAGAAAAUCUCCAAUCAGAGGAAAUAUCAUCCAGUGAAAACAUGCAAGCAGCUUGUCUAAACACAAUUCUUGUAGGAUGUAAUGAAUGUCUAAUGAAAUAUGCAAGUAAAGAGACAGUGGAUGAACCAAAUAAACAAGAUCUAAGCAGUCAAGAGUCAGAAAAGGAAAAAGGAGAGAAGGACAUUUUAAUGAUCCUGGAAGGUAAGGUAGAGAAUCAAAGGGAGGUUGACUUGGGUCCACCUGAAACCCAUAGAGCAGUUCAGUGUGACACAACAGUUGAAGGACAGGGAAGGAUUCUAGAACAAAUCCAAGAUAAAGUUACUGAAACAAGUGUUUCUGCUUCCCAAUAUCCACAAACUGAAGAAAGUCCUGGCUUGAAACGGAGGAGAAAGUUAGGCUCAACAAGAAGGAGCCAACAUGAAAAGACGGAGAGAAAAUAUGUUGUCAUGGAUGGGAUGCUCAUUCACACAGACACAGAGACAAGUCCUUGUCUGGACAGUAAAUCAGUGGAAGUAAAAGAUGAGGAAGAGAGGAAAAUCCAUGAUAUUGAGGAAAACACAGAGGCAAUGUCUUCUAUUUUUGGAAAUACAAUAGUUACACCUUCUACACCAGAAUCACUCGAAACAGAUCAGGAGAGAAGCAACGAUGCCAUUCACAGUAAAGAUGAAGUAAUUAAGAAAGAACAGUGCAUUUUGGCCCCAACUAUUACCACAGCAGAGCAGCCACCUUUGGAGAAUAUAGCCGGCAAUGACUAUUACUCAGCUCAUGGAGACACUCUGGCUGUGAACAGUAAGACACCACCUGCUAAUUCACCCUCUUGUAAAAACACACUUAAGUUAUGUUCACUGGAAAAUUCAGAUUCCUCAGAAGAGAGUAAACCACAAAAGAAGAGAAUGGGAUCUAGUCGUAAAAUAUCCCAACGUCAACAUAAGAAUAAGAAUAGCAGUCAUAGUGAGGCAGAUGUAAAGAAUGGGGAUUUGGAUAGUGUGACUAACACAGUUACACAACCAAUUCAGCAGGUCACUGGUGAUGUAGAUUUAUGUGCUGAACAUAGAGGAGGACUAGAGGGUGCACAUAAUUAUAAAUGGACAGACAUCCAUCAGAGUAAAUGUUCUGAACCUGCCAGUGGGGCCUGUAACCACCCUGAGGACCAUUUAAUCCCGGAGAUGUAUGUUCAGUCACCCUUGGGACAAAUUGAGAUUUCGGAAUCAAGUGGGACCACAGCAGCUGAGACAAGCUCCGGAAACCUCUGUGAGGAUGACAGUCAGAAGGAACCCAAAUCUAUGCUCCAAAAAAGAAAGAUGGGCUCUUCUCGUAGAGGUCAAGGUCUGAGAAACAGAGCGAAACAGGCUGCAAAUGUAGACGAGCACGUGGAUGACAUCAGCACCUCGAAACAAGACGGGGAUGAUACAGCUCUUCCGAAUACAGAAGACUUGUCAAUGGAGGGUGAACAGUUACUCAUUACUUCUGUUCAAACAAGCAAGAGUAACCUACAGCCACUGGCUCAGGCAGAAAGGCCUGAUGAGUUCAUUGAUGAGCGAGUUUUACCUGCAUCUGCUCAAUGCAGGACAUCAGUCCACAGUGCAUCCUCAUCACCUUCAUCUAAGCUGCAAGAGGAUAACCCAUCCAUAGAUCCACAAAGCACCACGAAAAAAAAGAAAAUGGGAUCAACUCGCAAGAACAUGAAGAGACAAGGGGAAGAUGAAAAAAGCGGCCUAAAGAGAGACCAAGGAAAUGCAGAAAGAUGUAAUGUGAUUGAUGACAUGGGAGAUCUGACUGGGCCAACUGAGAGAGUUACAAUCCAGAAAGUGACUGAAACAGGGGAGUCAGAAGAUACCCUACCACAAGAUGAGGGUACUGGACAUGGCUCUGCUGGCCACAAGGAGGCGCCAGAAGGCACAAGGAGGAAGGUGGGCUCCAGGCGUGGUGGUCAGGGCUGCAGAGGGGCCGUGGGGGGACCUGAGGACCAACCUGUUAGCCAGGCCCCUGAAAAUGAUAGCAGUGUGUUGCAGAACAUUCAGGAAAAUGUCCAUAGUGAGGGCCUUUCUAAACUGGUCUUAGCUGGUGAGGGGCAAUUUCAGAAGGUGGAACAACCGCCUUCAGGAGCAAGAAGCAAAUCAGACUUAGAUAGAAAGUAUGGGCAAGACAACACUCUUACAUCUCUGGAAGAGGCUGUUAUGUUUAAUGUAGUGAUGGUUGGAGACAGUAGCGUGGGGAAGACAUCUUUUAUCCGCCGAUUCCAGAGUGGACAGUUUAUUGAUGAUCACUCUGCCACCAUUGGUAUUGAUACAUUCACCCAGACAUUGGCUGUGGAUGGUGAAUUGGUAAAACUUCAGAUAUGGGACACUGCUGGUCAGGAAAGGUUUCAUAGCAUCACCCAUAAUGUGUUACAUAAGGCUCAGGGACUCAUCCUGAUGUAUGACAUUUCAUCCUGUCAGACCUUUAGUGCUGUUCGCAAAUGGAUUACCUGCAUUGAGGAAGGGGCUCCAAGUGAGGUCAUCAUCUUGCUUCUUGGGAACAAGAAUGAUAGUGAAGAUCGGGAAGUUCUGCACCCAGAAGGCGAACGGUUGGCUCAGGAAUACAACAUCCAUUUCAUGGAAUGCAGUGCUGUAACUGGCUACAACGUUUCACAGUCCAUAGAGAGUCUGGCCAGGUUAUUGAAGCAGACAGUGAAAGAGAGUGGUCAAGGCUAUGUGACACUGCACCAGAAGCCCCCACAGAAGAAGUCAGGCUGCUGCUGAGGCCUUAUUCUUUUCAUCAUGUCUUAUAUUCGAUUCAUGUAAACCUAUAUACACAUUACUUGCCUACUUUAGCUUAUACAUUGUACUUAUACAUGUAACAGAAAUUACAUUUAUUUUAAAUUAAAAAAAAACCUUUGCACAGUAAAAUAAAACAGACACUUUACAUUAUUCCAGUAUUAUAUAAAAUAUUUCAGUAAAUUUUGUUUUCUUUUGUUGGUAAAUAUUUGAAAUUUAAUGGAUCUUCAGCACUGCACACGUAAACACUUAAUUUAUGAAAAUGUGUUAACAGUAAACAAAGCACAAAUUAGUCAGGUGCUGAUCUUUUCCCAUUGAUUUGUGAUUAUGUGAAAUAUAACUAGUGUUCAGUUAGUGAUUAUGGUGACCAAAAUAUGAGGAAGAUGACCAUCACAAGGCUGAGAAAAAGUGCA